AUGGAUGUCAGUGAUGAUGAAAUGGAAAAAGAAAUAGAAAUAGAAACCCCUGAAAAUGGUAAAAAGGGUUUCGUAUAUCUAGCUUUUCGAUUAACUUUAGCUCUUCUUUUCCCAAUCUCUGCCUUCCUUUUCUUUUCAAUGUUAUUAGGCUUUUUAGCAAUUUUCAUGGGCCAUUUUUCAAUCACAACUCCUCUCUCUCUUCCCUCUCAGUGCAAGAUACUCUCCAGUAGUGUGGAUCUUAGAUCAUCUAAGGUUUGCGAGCUUGGUUUGUUGAAUUAUAAAGCCAAGCAUGUGUUUUAUCCAUAUAACAGAAGCAAAUUUCGCUGUCGCUAUGAUUAUUACUGGGCGUCAGUGUUUGAGGUGGAAUACAGAGAUUAUUCUUUGGGUCAGACACGAUUUGCAUUAGCAGAGGCUCCAAAUGAGGCCCUACCUGUAAAUUGCAGGCCUAAUUUUGGCAAUGCAUGGUUGACCAAAGAUAAAUUCAAGGUUAAUAAAACCUAUGACUGCUGGUAUACAUCUGGCAUUUCGAAAGUGAGCUUAUAUCGUGAUGAUCUUUUCAGUUGUCAAGCAAAAGAUCCAUCUCAAGUUGAGAUGAUUAAACGCUAUUUCAUCCUAUCUAAAGAGAUGUUACACUCGUCGUUAGUCCAGAAGAAAGGAAAAGCUAGCUAUUGGAGGUGGGAAACAAUAGCUGGAGUUAUUGCUGGUUUCUCGACUUCUAUAAUCACCAUCAGCUUUAUAAGAAUCCUACAGCACAUAAAAUCAUGGUUUCAUUUAACCUCUGUAGCUAAGAUGUUUUCUCGCACCAAUUUAGUCUUCUUCAAGCGUGCUUGUUUCCUUGUGGCAUACUUUUCUUUUAUGGGUUGGUUGACGAUCCAGUAUGGGAAAAGGCUUGGUCUCCCUGAGAUUUACAGAGUUUAUAAUUACUAG